AAUGAUGUGAACAAUGAAUUGCGAUUGACCAUGGCCUGUGUUUGUACUCUCGUAUUUGUAAUUAUAUCUUGAGAGCCCAAGUUCAACGCAAAUCUUUCUCGAAACAAACUCACGUCUCAUCUCCUUUUUUGACGCUCUAUUUCAUUUCCCGUCAUGCCAGUCACUAGAGCUCAGCGAGCGCGCGCCGACAAAGAUUCUGGUGACGCCUUCCUCCACCGAGACCAGACCCCACGCGCGGCAAGAGCAACCCAGCGGCGAUCUGCCCCGCCAGCCUCCACUAUGACUGCCGCCGCCAGCGCCAUUAGCGCUUGUGAAGCCACCGACACCUCAGGCUCAGCCACUGGCGGGUCCAUGUCGCGUCGCGUCACAACCGUCCGUCGCGCCACAAUCUCAGUCCCUCUGAAGCCCACAGCCAAACCAGCGCCAUCGCGCAGACGAUCACCAUCGAUUGCAAAACCGCCCAAGAAACGAUUCGGCCUCCUACGAUCUCUCCUGCCUCCCCUCCUCGGCAUCUUCACUGGCAUCCUGCUCUUCUUUUCCAUCACCCUCGGCCUCAUCCACUUGGAGCAUCGGCGGGCACCCCCACCUCCACUCUUUGGCGACAUCCACCGCCCGCUCAUCGAUCUCGCCAACGCGGUUACAGCUGUCCCUCCCUCCCUUCGCAACGAGACAUUUACUUUCCAACGCGCCAUAUGGAAUGCGACGCAGUACCUCGACGAGCUAUGCACCACGCCGCGUGCGUGGCACAGGAGAUGGGCUGGUCUGGUGAACGAGGACGGACUGUUCAAGUACGACAUGUGGGCUGAUCCCAUUGCCGAGGACGGCGAGUUCGCCCGCGCGAUGCGCAAUUACAUGGCCCCUGGCCUCGGCCGUCUUGAGGACGUCGACGCGCGCGAGAGGAUGGACAGACUGGCCGACUUGUGUAUGGAUCUGAAGCAAUCCACCGAGGCACUAGGGCACGUCGCGUCCCGGGAGCUGCAGCACGGUGCCCCCUUGCGUCUGGCGUGGAUCCUGCGCGAUCUACGGUAUGAUUUGGAAGAUCUUGAAGCACGUCAAGGGAAAGAGUGGGAAUGGGACGCCAUGCGACUCUAUCUCCAGCAUCUCAGUCAGACCGAGACCGUCUCAGAGGCCUACCUCACCCACGAGAUCCACGAAUUCUUAGACGCCGCGACGGAGGAAAAGUUCAAACGGCACACCCGCAAGAACAAGUCGGCCUACAAGACGUCAUCGACGGCAUACCAUCUGUCUUGGAGCUUGAAGGUUGGCGCGGUGCUGGACUUGGCCGUGCAGCGGAUGAACGUCUCCCAGCAGCUUCGAGACCUCAACAGCCAUGCGCAAAUAAUAACGGAGAAGCUGGAACGAGCGUGCUGCACGAAUCACAGAGCCAAAAGCAAAGUCUUAUGCUGCCGAGAUGUCCAGCGCGCUCAAAAGACAGGCACGUCAUGGACCACCGGUCUAGACGCUGCGGCCGUGGACUUUGCACAGUAUGCACGCGGCGUAGCCAAGGCCCUCGACACAGCAGAUCACCUCCGCCGUCUGGUCUACGGCGUCCACACCCGCUACGCAUUUGCCCAUCCUCACUGGGUUCUGCACACACCUGAAGACCUGACGCGGCCACCGACCUCUAGACCCGCCGAUACGCUCAACCUGACCAUCAAGCGAGGCACGACGCGGGGUCCGCAGGAGGUCGAUGACCGUGACGCUUGGCGGAAGCUGUGGUGCUGGAACUGGCGUAUUGCGCAGGCGAAGCCGCUUCUCGUGUACCCCGUGUGUGCGACGGACACGAUUCACGCCCUCCGCGCCCCGUUCAGCUACCCGGACGGCACAAAUAAAGAUGUCUUGGACAAUCCCUGGCCAUCCGUGACCACGCUAGGCCGAGCGCAGCGGUCAGCCCUCCAAGUCGACGAGAGUUUACGCCAAUGCCAGUCCGACACCGUCACACGCCCCUUUUCAGAAGCAGACCUACAUAGCAUCGCACGGUACGGCCUCAGUCCCUGGAUUGUCCAUCGAUCAUCAAACACCAACAGCCAUACACGGCGGCCUCGCUGGCUCCAAGCCCUCGCCAGCGCGCCAACAAAUCUCGUCCCUCUCCUUAACCUCGUACCGAGGUGUCUCCUACCUCGGGCGGAGGUGAAACUGCCUCCGCUGGAUGUCCAGAUUCGCGAGCUGGAACUAGCGGAGGAGACUUUGAGGAAAUGGGAGGCUGCUACAUGGCCAAGGACCAGUACCAUAGACAAUGACGCGUGGCACGAGUAUGUGUGGGAUAGAUUGUCGCGCCGAUAUUGGGAGGAGUAUGCAUAGUCAUUGGUUUUUAAUGGACGGACAGGGAGAGUAGGACAUGGGCUGUAAGGACCCAGUGCGUCUACAAAUAGAAUGGCGAA